CGCUCAAAGGCUUCUAAUGCUCUGUUAGGAACUUAUGGACGGGUAAUUCCCGAGUUUCGUCGUGGCAGUGUUAAUGUCGCAGCUGGUGAUAAUCUUCCUGUCCGGCAAAAAUGGCGACUAUGCUCAACCCGGCCCGAUCCCAGGGUUAGCCGGUACUUCUGGGGCCCGAUCCUCACAACCGGCAUACACUUGACCCCGUUAGUGCCGACCUAUCUGGACGUUUUGAAUCGAAGCGGAUACAAGCACAUAGAAAUUUCAAUUGAGACUGGAAAAACGAGGGUCGUUUUGGAUACUGGCAAGAGAUAGUUACCCAUGUCCUGGCAGAAUGGCAGGCAGCAAGGGCCGGCUAUGGUUAAUUAUAUGAGCACGCUUUCUUCAGCAAUUUGGCGACAGUCUUGUGGCCGCUCCUAAUAGACACUAUCUAUGUCUCUGGAUUGAUACCCAAAUUUAAGUAGCAGGAGUCGAUAUCAGAGUAGCGGAGCCAUGCUAUGUUCAAUUUUACACUCCCUGGAUCGAGUAGCCUGUUGGCAGGAACAUCAGGUGAGCAGGGCCGCGGACUUUUGUGGAUUGUCAUGUCGGUUCCCUCCGAGGCUUUUUGUUGCCGUGAAGAAAGUUGGGAAGAUAUUUCUACUAGAAACAGAUGACGGGAUAAAACUAUGGGCCGAGCCAAAGUACUACCAAGUGUGCUGGUCUGAUAUUGAGAAAACACUCAAAGCCAGCUUAGGCGUCAUGGUAUCGACGCUGUUUAUGGUAGUAAACACUCAACGUGCAAUUUUAUCAGUUUCUAUUCAUGAUCUAUAUCCUAAGGUGUAUUUACGGAAAACCCUGUGGUGAGAACCCCCCAAUGUAAUCACAACGCCUACUUUACUUUUCUAACACUGACUGAGCCAUCGGCCAUUCCAAAAUAUGCAGCGAUCGGUUUCUGGCCACCGACUCCACCAGUAGCCUGUGCUU